AGAAAACGAUUGUGCAAAAGAAAAGGAUUCGUAAGCUGUGACGUAUAACACGUUGACAUGUUCUUCCAACUGAAUUAGAGUGAAGACGACCACCCUUCUUCUUCCUUCUUCUUACAAAUAAAUAAUUUGUGUGUCUCUCAAUCUGUCACUCAACUUCACUCGCCCCACUCACCAGGGUCUCAUCUUGCUGCCAAAGGAGAAAGAGGGGAGCAUUUUGUGCUGAUGCUUUUUGCUUGAACUUCUCCAGUAAAGAAUUUUAUAGCAAUGGCUUUUGAGCCAUUGGAUUGGUAUUGUCAGCCAGUUGCAAAUGGAGUAUGGACCACAACAGUUGACAAUGCCUUCGGAGCUUACACUCCUUGCGCGGUUGAUUCUUUGGUGAUCUCCGUUUCUCAUUUGGUGCUUCUAGGCCUGUGUGUCUACCGGAUAUGGUUGAUUAAGAAGGAUUUCAAAGCCAAAAGGUUCUGCUUACGGUCAAAACUCUAUAAUUAUUUGCUUGGGUUGUUAGCUUUGUAUUGUGUGGCAGAGCCCUUAUAUAGAUUGAUUGCUGGACUAUCAAUUCUAAAUUUAGAUGGUCAGACUCAACUUGCUCCAUUUGAGAUCACUUCACUGGUCAUUGAAGUUCUUACUUGGGGUGCUAUGCUGAUUUUGAUUGGCGUCGAGACUAAAGUUUACAUUUACGAAUUCAGAUGGUUUAUCCGAUUUGGUUUGCUUUAUUCUAUUGUCGGGGAUACUGUUAUGCUCAACCUUAUCAUCUCUGUGCAGGAGUUGUAUAGCAGGUCAGUGCUGUAUUUGUACAUAAGCGAGGUGGUCUGCCAGGCUUUGUUUGGACUGCUUUUGCUUGUGUAUAUACCUACUUUGGAUCCUUAUCCGGGUUAUACCCCUGUUCGGAGUGACUUGGUUGUUGAUACUGCAUAUGAAGAACUGCCCGGAGGAGAGCAGAUAUGUCCUGAAAGGCAUGCAAACAUAUUGUCAAGAAUCCUUUUUUCUUGGAUGAAUCCUAUCAUGAAUCUGGGAUAUCAAAGACCCCUUACAGAGAAAGAUAUAUGGAAGUUAGAUACAUGGGAUCGGACUGAGACACUGAAUGAAAAGUUCCAGAGAUGUUGGGUAGAAGAAUCUCGGAGGUCGAAACCUUGGCUUUUAAGAGCAUUGAAUGCAAGCCUUGGUGGGAGGUUUUGGUGGGGAGGAUUUUGGAAGAUUGGAAAUGAUCUCUCCCAGUUUUUGGGCCCACUAAUAUUGAAUCAGCUGCUUGAGUCUAUGCAAAAUGGUGAUCCAGCCUGGAUUGGAUACGUUUUUGCCUUCUCAAUAUUUGUUGGAGUGGUCUUUGGGGUGUUAUGUGAAGCUCAAUAUUUUCAGAAUGUCAUGCGUGUUGGAUUCCGGCUAAGAUCAACACUGGUAGCUGCUGUAUUUCGCAAAUCAUUAAGGCUUACCCAUGAAGCUCGAAAGCAAUUUGCAUCUGGAAAAAUAACCAACUUGAUGACUACUGAUGCCGAAGCACUUCAGCAAAUAUGCCAGUCACUUCAUACUUUGUGGUCAGCUCCGUUCCGCAUUACCAUUGCCAUGGUUCUUCUUUAUCAACAACUAGGUGUUGCUUCCCUUUUGGGCGCUUUGAUGCUAGUCCUUAUGUUUCCAUUACAGACAUUUAUCAUCAGUAGAAUGCAGAAGUUGUCUAAGGAAGGAUUACAACGUACAGACAAGAGAAUUGGCCUUAUGAAUGAAGUUUUGGCAGCUAUGGACACUGUAAAAUGUUAUGCAUGGGAGAGUAGUUUCCAGUCUAAAGUUCAGAAUGUCCGAGAUGAUGAAUUAUCAUGGUUUCGAAAAGCAUCAUUACUUGGAGCGUUAAAUGGAUUCAUACUGAAUAGUAUUCCAGUUUUUGUAACUGUGAUUUCAUUUGGAAUGUUCACCUUACUUGGAGGGAAUUUGACACCCGCAAGAGCUUUUACAUCACUUUCUCUGUUUGCUGUGCUUCGGUUUCCUCUCUUCAUGCUUCCUAAUAUUAUAACUCAGGCGGUUAAUGCAAAUGUAUCAUUGAAGCGUUUGGAGGAUUUGCUCUUAGCAGAAGAGAGAAUACUUUUACCAAAUCCACCGCUUGAGCCAGGAUUACCAGCCAUCUCAAUCAAAAACGGAAACUUCUCCUGGGAUUCCAAGGCAGAAAGGCCUACAUUGGCAAACAUAAACUUGGAUAUACCUGUUGGUAGCCUAGUUGCAGUUGUUGGAAGUACAGGAGAAGGGAAAACAUCACUAGUAUCUGCAAUGCUUGGAGAACUCCCUGCAGUUGUAGGUUCAACUGUUGUUAUGAGAGGGACAGUUGCUUACGUACCCCAAGUCUCUUGGAUUUUUAAUGCAACUGUGCGAGAUAAUGUUUUAUUUGGUUCUGCCUUUGACCCAAUAAGAUAUGAAAGGGCAAUAGAUGUGACUGAACUACGACAUGACCUUGAGUUACUGCCUGGUGGUGAUCUUACCGAAAUUGGUGAAAGAGGUGUGAACAUCAGUGGUGGUCAAAAGCAAAGAGUAUCCAUGGCUAGAGCUGUCUACUCCAAAUCCGACGUGUACAUUUUUGAUGAUCCCCUUAGUGCUCUAGAUGCGCAUGUCGCUAAACAGGUUUUUGAUAAAUGCAUCAAGGGAGAAUUGAGAGGGAAGACCCGAGUUCUUGUUACAAAUCAACUGCAUUUCCUUUCACAGGUGGAUAGAAUCAUUUUGAUCCAUGAAGGUACUGUGAAAGAGGAGGGAACAUUUGAGGAGCUCUCUAACCAGGGGCCAUUGUUCCAAAAGCUUAUGGAAAAUGCUGGAAAGAUGGAGGAGUAUGAAGAAGAAACGGUAGAUACUGAAACUGCUGAUCCAAAGUCCUCUUCAAAACAGGUGGCCAAUGGAGAACUUAAUGAUACUGCAAAGAGUGGGAGUAAGGCAAAAGAAGGAAAAUCUGUCCUUAUUAAACAGGAAGAACGGGAAACAGGUGUUGUCAGUAUGAAAGUUUUAGCAAGAUACAAGACUGCAUUAGGAGGUCUUUGGGUGGUUGUAAUACUCUUUGGAUGCUAUUUCUUAACAGAAGUGUUACGAAUUUCAAGUAGCACAUGGUUGAGCCAUUGGACUGACCAGAGUGCUUCAGUGGGCUAUGAUCCUGGAUUUUAUAAUCUGAUAUAUGCAGCUCUAUCAUUUGCUCAGGUUAUGGUGACUUUAAUAAAUUCUUAUUGGUUGAUCAUAUCAAGUCUAUAUGCAGCCAGAAGGUUGCAUGAAGCCAUGCUUCACUCCAUAUUACGAGCUCCUAUGGUUUUUUUUCAUACAAAUCCACUUGGAAGAGUAAUCAACAGGUUUGCAAAGGAUUUAGGUGACAUUGAUCGUAAUGUUGCCCCAUUUGUCAAUAUGUUUCUGGGUCAAGUGUCUCAGCUCCUUUCAACAUUCGUCCUGAUAGGGAUUGUCAGCACAAUGUCCUUGUGGGCGAUAAUGCCGUUGUUGGUACUGUUUUAUGGAGCAUAUCUCUACUAUCAGAGCACUGCCCGUGAAGUAAAGCGCUUAGAUUCAAUUAGUAGAUCCCCUGUUUAUGCACAAUUUGGAGAAGCACUUAAUGGUCUAUCAACAAUCCGUGCUUACAAGGCUUAUGACCGCAUGGCUGAUAUCAACGGAAAGUCCAUGGACAACAACAUACGAUUCACUCUGGUGAACAUGAGUGGAAAUCGAUGGCUUGCAAUUCGAUUGGAAACUCUGGGAGGUCUCAUGAUAUGGUUUACUGCAACCUUUGCGGUAAUGCAGAACGGGAGGGCUGAGAACCAGCAGGAAUUUGCAUCCACCAUGGGUUUACUACUUAGUUAUGCUUUGAACAUUACCAGUUUGCUUACUGGUGUGCUCAGGCUUGCUAGUUUGGCCGAGAAUAGUCUAAAUGCUGUUGAGCGUGUAGGCACUUAUAUAGAUUUGCCUUCAGAGGCACCAUCCAUCAUUGAGGAUAGUCGCCCCCCUCCAGGCUGGCCCUCAUCUGGAUCAAUCAGAUUUGAGGAUGUUGUACUUCGAUACAGGCCUGAACUUCCUCCUGUCCUUCAUGGCUUGAAUUUCACAAUUUUUCCAAGCGAUAAGGUUGGCAUUGUAGGAAGGACAGGAGCUGGAAAAUCUAGCAUGCUUAAUGCUUUAUUUCGAAUUGUGGAAUUGGAAAGAGGAAGAAUAUUAAUUGAUGAUUGUGAUAUUGCAAAGUUUGGGCUGGCUGAUUUGCGUAAAGUUCUUGGCAUUAUACCACAGUCCCCUGUUUUGUUUUCAGGAACUGUAAGAUUUAAUCUUGACCCUUUUAAUGAACACAAUGAUGCUGACCUCUGGGAGGCUCUGGAGAGGGCACAUUUGAAGGAUGUGAUACGGAGGAAUUCUUUGGGGCUGGAUGCCGAGGUCUCUGAGGCAGGCGAGAACUUCAGUGUUGGGCAGAGGCAACUGUUGAGUCUCUCUCGGGCAUUAUUGCGUAGAUCAAAGAUAUUAGUACUUGACGAAGCCACUGCAGCAGUAGAUGUUAGAACAGAUGCCCUCAUACAGAAAACAAUUCGAGAGGAAUUUAAAUCGUGCACCAUGCUCAUCAUUGCUCAUCGUCUUAACACCAUCAUAGACUGUGAUCGGAUUCUUUUGCUUGAUGGUGGUAAGGUUCUUGAAUAUGAUACCCCUGAAGAACUGCUAUCAAAUGAAGGCAGUUCGUUCUCUAAGAUGGUGCAAAGUACAGGAGCCGCAAAUGCCCAAUAUCUACGCAGCUUAGCACUCGGGAGUAAGUCAGAUAGGGAAGAGAGUAAGCAUAACGAUGGCCAGAAAAAAUGGCUUGCUUCGUCUCGCUGGGCUGCUGCAGCUCAAUUUGCCCUUGCCGUCAGUCUCACCUCAUCACAGAAUGACCUAAAAAGAUUGGAAGUGGAAGAAGAGAAUAGCAUACUCAAGAAAACAAGGGAUGCUGUGAUAACUUUGCAGGGGGUUUUGGAAAGGAAGCAUGAUAGAGAAAUCGAGGAAUCUUUAGACCGAUACCAAAUGUCCUCGGACAGUUGGUGGUCAUCACUCUACAAGAUGAUUGAAGGUCUUGCAAUGAUGAGCAGGCUGGCCAGGAGCAGGCUUCAUCAAUCAGACUUUGAUUUUGAUGAUAGAUCAAUUAACUUUGAUCAAGUUGAUAUGUAGCCAAAGCUGCACUGUUAUAUAUUACCUCUGCUUCAAAAUAAUUGUUCAUUUGGACAAACAAUUAUUGUGAAUUGCAGGGAAUAUAAAAAUGUGCCACAGUCCCAUCAACUGACUCACAUACCCAAGGUUGUGCUAACUCUAUUUUUGGCAAUGUAGCUCCAUCACUCAGCCAUGAGACAUGAGUUCGAAAAUGCAAUAAGUUUCAUUUUGAUCUUAAUCCAGCAAUUAACCCAAUUUCCCUUAUCAUUUGUAAUGUAAUUUUUAUUGCCCAAAAUAUAUUAGGGAAAAAAAAUUAUCUUUUAGGUCUUGAAUACUUGUGUUUGGAUUUUGGAAAAAGAUUCUCUAAAACUAAGUGAGAAAAUAAAAUGUUAAUUAUUCUUAAAUCAA